GGCAGCACUAGUCAAUGGCAGCCUCCGUCUGUUUAGAGUGCUGUAAGCGUUGACCGAAAAAUGGCUCAAUGUCACUGUUUGCGCUCUUAUUCGUUGUUCAGGUCUCUGCUGCAUUUUCACAGAACUUCACUAGCUUCACGGACACUUUGCGUGUCAGCAUAUAAGUACGGUGUAAGCAAGCUUACGGGAAGUCUUACGAGACAGACGGCGCAGGACCUAAUUUUUCGUCUGCAUCCAAACGAACGCAGGCUAUUGAUGGAAGAACUUGAGUUGCACUUAGGAGCAACCGCCACCUACGACAAGCCCGUGACACCAACGCCAGAACAGUUGCAGAUGGUUGCUAUCCACAAUGCUUUGCCCUUUGUUGGAUUUGGAUUUCUUGACAACUUGAUCAUGAUAGUUGCAGGAGACUAUAUUGACACAACUCUAGGACUUACUCUGGGAAUUUCUACUAUGGCAGCUGCUGGAUUAGGAAAUGCAAUUUCGGAUGCAGCUGGCAUUGGGUCUGCCUGGUAUGUGGAGAAGCUAGCCACCAGGGUAGGAGUUCAGGCCCCGAAGCUCACACCUGCACAGAUGGAGAUGUCCGCCACGAGAUGGAGUUCCAAUAUUGGCCGAGCAGUCGGCGUAUUUGUUGGCUGUCUCCUGGGCAUGUUCCCUCUGCUCUUUCUCAGCUCCAAAGAAGACAUCAUACAGAAGGAGGGUAAAGCAAGCUGAUGAGGCCCCCUCACAUUUCUUGGCCAGAAUGGUGCCACCCCGUCAGCCUCACUGUCCUGCUGGUGUCGCAGAGAGAUUACUUCCUUCCUCCAAUGCCUUAUAAGUAUGUAGUAAUACAUCGCAGGUGUUAUCUCAUUUUACCCACCGUCAGAGGUCGAGGAUGAUCUACGAAUGACAGCAGUGACCUUUUGAGACCUUUGCACCCCUACUCAAAAAACUAUUAUAUGUACAUGUCAAUACCUUGUGAAGUUCGAGGUGUAUAUGCAAUGUAUAAACUGGAUUAUUCUCGUCAUUUAACAAUAUCAGCCGCAGUUGUUAUUUCUGUUGAAUUUUGGACAUGUUGUGCCCUUUCCAUCACCUUGGAAAAAAUUAAUCCAAGAAAAAAUGAGUUUGGUUGGGUAUAACCCCUUUGUUGCAGACAUCACCCACCCUUUUCGUUCUUGCGGGUUGCCGUCUGCUUGAUCUCCGACUUCAUUUAUAGAUGACUUGUAUUGAUUUGUGUUGCAAAUUUUAACCCGCAAUAUGUUUCAGUCACGUCGGGGAUUCAUGUCCCUUUUGUAGAGGCGCAAGAGUAAACAGUAAAUAGAAAUAUAUUAUUGGCAAUUAUGGCCCUUCAGUACGUGCAAAGCAGAGUAUUGUUACAGAAAGAGACACUGGAGACUGAAAUGUUACUAAUUUGACAAAAAAUAGUGAAGAAGUAAUGUCAUUAUAGUAUACAGGGUGCUUCACCUAACUUUUAAGAACCCUACUAAAAUGCUACUUUACCUAUGAACACAUGGCCACUGAAUGCAUGGCCAUGCAUGGUAUAUCAUGCAACGUUAUUUUUCCCGCCUUACAAGAUGCCUUUAAAUGCAACUUUGUUAACUUUGUUUGAGAAUCACAGCUUUUCAGUACCUACUGAGAAAAUUUGUAGUCAAGAGCACAUUCUCUGCAGGAUGCAUAUUGUUUACCCUGUUCCAUAGUGAAAGAUUUUCUAUUUGAGGUUGGUUUUUCAAUGGAGAGGUACUUGGAUAAAAUACGUCUCAUAUUUGACUAUGCUACACAUGAAUGCUAACAUGCCAUGCGGAAUCCUGCACAAAAAAGAAAAGAAAAAAGAAACACAAAACAAGAGAGAAAAAAUGUGCUGUCAAAUCAACUUGAGUUGAAUUUGAACGACUUGUUUACUUUCCUCGUAUUCUUUGUUUUGUGGGAAUAGUAUUGCAACCGUGUUAACACAGUAUCAUAACUAAGCACCUGUUUUUCCAAGGCAUCUAGUAUUUGAUAAAGAGGAUAUGAAAAACUUAUUGGAGUGUCCUUGCGUUCACCCUUUAAGCUAAGAUUUGUGAACAGCCACUAACAGGAUAGCAAAACUGUAUUAAAUGUGCCUUUGACUGCAGAGUUAAACGGUGCAUCUUUCAUUAUGGUGGCAUGUUAGGUGAAGCACUCUAUGUAAUGGAUGUAACUGUAUGCAGUUUUCGCAGGACUAACAAUAGUAUGUGAUUAUACGUAUGUGUUCUAUCAAGCAGAGGGACACAGUGUAUUCGAGAAACAGCGUCAAAAUUAUGUACAUAUCAGGCACCAAAAUCGGCAUUUCAUCUUUGUGGUUUGAAUCACAAGGUGAUGGCGUUACUGGUAUUAGAUGGGUGAUCCUUCAUCACAUGAGGAAACUCGUCUAAGUUGGUGACAGAGAUACUAAAGUCUUCCUUCUCAACACUACCAAAGCCUGUUCCCACUAGAUAUCUCAUAAGCAAACCCUGUAUAACAGCCUUAGUAUUGUAUUUCUGUCAAUAUAUGAAGAACUGUACCUUCCAACUAGAAGUAUAAUGCAAGAAACUAUCCAUUUCCGAGGUGUCGCUACAGAGGGUGUCCACCAACCUGGAAAACCUGGAAAACAGGGAAUAGUCAGAGAAUUUUGAUGUGACUGGAAAAGUCAGGGAAUUGUCAGGGAAUUUGGCUAAAAAGCCGCUGAAAUCAGGGAGAAUCGCAGACAAGUACCGUGAUGAUGCGCGGCGAAUCACGAGUGCCGACCGGUGGUUGAGAGGCAAUGCCGCAGCAACGUUACUGCGAGUAGCAGUUCACCAGUAUGACAAGCUCUGACGCAGAAAAGUAGGGUAGCCUCACUAAUACUUAAUAAAUGGCCUGUUUUAUGUUGGAUCUGGUAUCAAAACGUAUGAGCAAGCACCAAGUUCCCUUUUUUUUUGUCAGGGAAUUUGCUUGAAAUAGUCAGUGAAAACCUGGAAAAGUCAGGGAAUUUGAAGGCUGUAGUUUGGUAGACACCCUGCUACAGAACUUUUUGCUAGCACAUCUUAGACGGGCAGAAAUAAACAUGCAGUCAUCGUGUGCGUGUCGUAAUGUCAAAGAAUUGCAAAUAUUAUGUGCAAUUACACAAAAGUGUUUAACAGAAUGCUCAUAUGUGCAGUGUUCUACGAUCAUGUAAGGUAUUGAUAGGAAGCAAGUUGGUCUACGUUGAAAGAUUUCUGUUCAAAGAAUGUAACCCAUUACCUUGGAGCAUGACAGCUAAAUUAGGGGGUAGAUACGCAGCAGCUCAACAUGUAGCAGCUAGCUUAAAUUAGGAAUGUGCACAUAUGUAGGGUAGGUUCAGUGCCAUGUGGUACACAAGACUACUAUUCCAUUGCUCACUUGCAUCUCCAAAGGUGCUUCCUUUAGGCAUAGUCCUAGCAGCUCUUAUACAUCCACGUAGUGUAUAGCAUGAGCACACCAUCAUAAAUCCAAUGUCAUUAGAAAAACAUUAUAAGACAAUCUUAGUUGCAUGCUGCUGCUGCUGCUAUUAUUUGCAAAGCAUCUCCUGACAGAAGUCAAAUUACAACAGGUGGCUUAUGUUUAUUGUAUUGUGCUUUAUUUAAUGAUGAGCAUGAGAGAACACUAGAAUGUGUGCGAAGCUUUAUAAUAUAUACCAAAGAAUUAGUUCUCGUAUUUUAACACAUGCACUAGCCUCUUUCGUAGUUUCCUUAUUCACGUGCAACAUGUUUGCUUGCUUUCAGUUGUCUUACGUUGAUGUGCUACAGCCUAGGCCUCUCAUAAAUUAUUUAGGAUGUAUUUAUCUUCUGGUAGAAGUUAUCAAUAUAACGAUGCUGAUACGUACCACAGAUAUGCUCCAGCGAGCUAGGGCUGUAGUUCUAAAUGUCAUUCCAUAAUUCUGCUCUUAAAAGCAAGAAAAAGGGAAUGGUGAGAUACAAGCUAUGUACAUGCUACUAUAACACAUUGUUUUCACAUGUGCAUGAAUACUGCCCAUUUCCAUGUGAUCUGCUACAUUCUAGAUAUGUGUAUGUGCUGUUCUUUCUCUUUUCUGCACAGAAGGUUUGCGAGUUAUUAUAUACUGCCAGUUGUUGAUGCAGUGAACAAGAAGAAUGACACCCUCAUAUUUAAGUGAUGUUGAAUGUGUUGUUGUAUAUGGAGCGGCCGUGAUACAAAGUGGGUUUGAUACUCGGUUUGACUGAGUGGUAUAGCUUUACAACACCAUAAAGUGUAUUUUUCGGGAUCCAUCCCUUGAUGUGUCAUGAAUUUGUAUGCGAUUGUUGGCAUGUACCCACACAGUAAGAUCAAACACACCUAGUGAAAUCCAUUGUUUGAUGUCUGAUGUUAGUUUAUGCUUGUUAACUUCAGUAGUAGAUAUUUAUCAGUCGUAUUCACUUCAGCAACAGCACCUAAAGCAGUGUACACCUCUUAUAUCAUCUCUGACACUGACAUUGUUGCUGUUAACUACUAGUGUGAUUUUGACUACAGAACAAAGCAGUUGAGAAAUACAGGUCUUGCGAAUUGCAGUUAUUCAUGCACGAGCUUCGAAUGAAACUUCGUUUGCCUUGCCAGUGACUUAUUGUUUGCGCUGUUGCACCGAGCUUCUUUAAAGGGGCGCUUAAGCACAAAAAUUUCUCCUGCUGGAGAAUGAAACAUGAUGUUACCUUGACAGCAACACAACAGAAAUGGGAUUCAGCAGUUUACGAGCUGGAGGAGAAGAGGCAGAAGGAAAGCUUAAAUUGCAGGUUCUUUCGCUCACAAAUCACGAAUGACGCAACAGAUGACUCCCAUUGAUGUAAAGGUAACGUCAUCUUCCAUUCUGCGAGGAGAAGUUUUUGUGCUUCCCCUUUCACGAACACCAUUUUUCACAAAGCACCGCCAGAGUGCAUUUUUGCACGCUUUGUUGAGCCACAUAAUGGGACAAGACAAAGCCCCGGAACGUACAGAAGUUGUGUAAGUCUGUCCAUCCAAGCAGUCCCACUCUGUAGGGACCAGCCUCUCCCUUAAUUUUUUUGUAAAUAUCCACCCAUCCAAGCUUUUUUCCACUUAUACUGGGUGUUGAUACUGCACUUGUUGCUGUCAGUACAGCUACCAAUACAUACCCCUGCCACACAGGCACGAAAAAUGACAUUAGGUGCUUAAUGCCUUACGUCUUAAUGUCAUUCGUGCGAUGCCACACGGAGAUAUUUAAUGACAUUUGUCUGAAUGAGUUCCUGCUUAAUGAGAUCCCCACAACUCAUUCGCCGAUGAAAUGCCUACUCUCGCUCCCAUUGUCUGCGCAGAGUAAGGAUUUUCUUCUUGCAUAAAACCACUUUGUACCAUGCAAGGCAAGAUUAUUUUAUAACUUGAGGUUGCAGGAGUAUGCUUUGAUGAGGGAAAAGCUGGACUUGUUUGAAAUUUUAACUGAUAGGCACAAAAACGAACCAAACGGGUGGCACCAACAUCAUGGUGUUUAAUGUCAUUACAAACUGACGUGUGGCAUGACCUUCGUAGAUAAUGCCGUUCGGGACCUCAAUGACAUUAGACAAUAAUGUCAUUUGUUCUGCCUGUAUGGCACAGGUAUUAUCAUGCAGGCAUACCUUUCGUAGUCUAAUAUAUUCAAGUGUACGUUAACAAAUUUUUUGGGGCUGUUGUGUUCAAGAAAGGAGUGUUCUUUCCCUUCACUGUUGCUACAUCCAAGCGCUAGUGUGUAACGAUUGUUUGCUGUAUGUGCAUUGCAAAUCCUUGUGCAAUAACACCAUAAUCAUCAGUAUGUUACCCUGUUUUGUACUCAAAUGUGCGUGGUGCAAUACGAUAAUUAUACCUGGUGGUACUAAGGUAAUCAAAAUACAUUACAUGCACACACAUUGUGUGCUGCAAAUAUGUGCGUGGAAAAUUCAUUUGUACGUGAUUUUCAGGUGUUUUGUACACACUUGAAAUGAACUUCCAGUUCAUAUAUGCUUGUUCACUCAGCAUGUCAUCACAUAGAAUGUCAUAACAAAACACACAGUAAUCUGCCAAUAGUUACCGGACAUUAACAACACUAUGGGAGUUCACACCCUCUUGGACAUCCUCUGGCCCAGCACAGUAGAGUGAACUGGUUUAACAUUUUGUCUCUUCAGGUGCUCUCAAUUCUUGAAGUUCCUCCAAUGCCUUAUCCUCCUAAUGGUGCAAUAUUUUUCCUACUCGUCUCGGGACCAGCCUACCUGGCGUUCUUCAGCCUCCAGCCAUGUGUGCUUACUUACACGUUUCUUGUUGGUCAGUUUGUCUCGCGAAACCAUCUGUUCUGGACUUGCAUGCACAUUGAGAGAUUAAUAAAUGCAUUACAAACAUUA